AUGUCCGAAGAGGACCAUACUGCCGGGGUGGCAGAAGAUUACAAAGAUGCGCUUGAAGGCCUAACAUCUAAUGCGCGCGUUGAGAUUAGCAACCUAACUCUCAUUGCCCGCGAGAACACCGAGUCUGCCCAUGCUAUUGCCGAGGUUCUCGUUGACCAUAUCAAACAAGUCCAUCCUCCGCGGAAGUUGCCAGCCCUGUACCUCCUGGACUCCAUCGUCAAGAAUGUGGGGACUCCAUACACGCUCUUCUUUGGUCGGAAGCUCUAUCAAACCUUCAUGGAAGCCUACGCGUCGGUUGACAACGCCACGCGCCGCAAGAUGGACGAGAUGCUCAAGACGUGGAAGGAGCCCGUGCCGGGUUCCUUGGACACGCGCCCUGUGUUCCCGCCAGAGGUUGUGCGUCCUAUAGAGAACGCCCUCAUCAAGGCAAGGACAUCGGCGCUUCAGGCACAGCAGGAGCAGAUGCGCAACCAGCAUCACCUGCUCGGGGGCCGUGGCAGGCCACCACCGCCCAUGAUGGCCCAGGGCAUGCCGUACAGAGAGACACCGACACCGCCAGGCGCCAGGGGGGCAAACGGCUAUGGGCAGCCAUAUCCCCCGCCGAAUGGGAGGGGUAUGGAAAAUCCAGCACAGGGUCAAACAUAUCCGACACCGCAGCCCCAUCACCCGCAGGGGAUGCCGAUAUUAUCACACUCGAUGCCCCAACCACCACCAUCCGCACCCGCACAACUUCCCUUUGUACCGCCAGCGCAGGCACCUACACCAGACGGGAUAAGCAUAGAAGCCUUGAGUAAUGAUGUUGCGCAGCUCAUAGCUGCUACGCGCGCGGAAAUCGCCCGCAAUCCGUAUGAUUCUUCCCAGCAGCCUAAGCUUGAUGCCCUGCUGGCGCUUCAGACACUGCUGCAGGCGGGAAGCCUGCCCAGAGACCAACUCGUGGCCGUUAAGAGCCGAAUUGAUGAUCUUUCCGUAAGAGCGCGCGGAGCUGCCGCCGCUCCACCAGCACCUACCUACACACCUACGCCACCCAUUGCCGUGCCUCCGCUAGCGCCGCCGCCGCCCUCUGCAUCCGCACCACCUCCCGCCACUGCCGGCACUCCCCUCUCGUUAGACGCCUUGCUUGGGCAAGGCGCACUCGCUGCUUUGUUGGCUAGAGCCCCGCAGCAGGCCGUAGGAGCGCCACCGCUGCCGUUUGUACCCCCGGUUGCGACGCCGCCGACGAACCUUGCUGCGCUUCGCUCGCCGCCGCCACAGGCACCCCCUGCCGUCCCACCCCCGACGGAUGCUUCGGCUCUUCUGGCCGCCCUGCGCAGCAAGGGUAUAUUAUCCGGAGGAACUGUGCCGCCUGUGGUUGCACCGACGCCAGUAUCGCACGCUCCGGGGCUUCCGAGCGUCAUUGCGCCUCCAGCGGCGCCUGUUCAUGUCGAGACGAUGGGCGACAUACAACUCUCGACGAGUUCACUGAAACAGCCUCGCUUGUAUCUUGUCAACACCCUCUACGACGACCUUGGGAAGCCGUGCACCCAGUGCGGACGGCGGUUCCGCAACGACGAGGCGGGCCGGGCCGCCAAGACGGCACAUAUGGACUGGCACUUCCGGGUGGCGGCGCGGAUCGCCGAGGCGGAAAAGAAGGGCCAGCACCGCAGCUACUACGUCGACGUGCGUGACUGGGUCGGGUCGCGCGAGGCGGUCGACAUGGACGGGCACGCGGCGCAGUCGCAGCAGCAGCAACAGCAGCAGCAGAACCAACAACAGCACCAGUACCAAGACCAAGGCCCACGGGCGGCCGGCUCCAGGGGCAGGGGUGGCAUCGGAGGCAAGAGGUGGAUCCCCGUCCCGGACGCGGGCAGCAACGUCAACUCGGUCUGCCCAAUCUGCCAGGAGCGGUUCGAGCUCAAGUGGCUGGACGAGGCGCAGGAGUGGGUCUGGAUGGACGCGGUGCGGCCUGGCGGCGGAGAUAGGGUGUUCCACGCCAGCUGUCACAGCGAGGUCACGGGGCGGGGAGCGACGCCGACGCCGCCGGUGGGGAUGGUUUUAGGGAAGAGGAAAGCAGAGGAUGCCUAUGCCGGACGCAAAAUUAAAAAGUACGACGACCUGGCGUAUUAA